AUGGCCUACUCCUCGCGGUCUUGUGGUCGGUGCAACCACGAGAGGAGAUCCGGUUUCAUGAAGUGGCUCUGCAAUUUCCUGAAGGGGCCGAAGCCCGGCGAACCGAACCGCCGGCGGUCCCAGGUGACGGCCGGAGAAGAGGAGGACGCGCUUUGGCACCAACGACCAGUUAGACCAAAGAAUGAUCCACCUAGAAAUGAUAAUGAAGAAUUGGACCGUGCAAUUGCAGAGUCUCUUGCAGAGGAUGCCAAACCCCCCAAAGAGAAAAACCAUAAGGGAGACAACAACGACGAAGAUCUUGCAAGAGCCAUACAGGACAGUCUCAACAUGAACCCUUACACGCCUUAUAACCCCUAUGCUCCCUCUCAGGCCCAACCUAGAGGGCACAGGGUAUGCGGAGGCUGCAAGCAUGAGAUAGGACAUGGCCAUUACUUGAGCUGCAUGGGAAUUUACUGGCACCCUCAGUGCUUCCGCUGCAUCUCCUGCGGUCACCCUAUCCGUGAGACCGAGUUCACCUUGCUGGGUACAGAUCCAUACCACAAGUUGUGCUACAAGGAGCUGCAUCAUCCAAAAUGUGACGUCUGCCUUCAGUUUAUCCCAACGAACAGGAGUGGCUUGAUAGAGUACCGAGCCCAUCCAUUCUGGGGCCAGAAGUAUUGCCCUUUGCAUGAGCAUGACAGGACGGCACGUUGCUGCAGCUGUGAGAAAAUGGAGCCAAGGAACACAAAGUAUAUGUCAUUGGGGGACGGCCGCAGCCUGUGCAUGGAAUGCCUGGGAUCUGCAGUCAUGGACACCGGUGAAUGCCAGCCCCUGUACCAUUCUAUCAGAGACUACUAUGAGGGGAUGAACAUGAAACUGGACCAGCAGAUACCCAUGCUCUUGGUUGAACGGCAAGCGCUUAACGAAGCCAUGGAAGGAGAGAGUAGAGGCCCACACCACAUGCCUGAAACAAGGGGCCUAUGUCUGUCGGAGGAGCAGACUGUGAGCAGUAUACUUAGGAGGCCCAGAAUUGGUGGAAACCGAUUCCUAGACAUGAGAACUCAGCCACAAAAGCUGACUAGGAGAUGUGAAGUUACUGCAAUACUUGUCUUGUAUGGCCUCCCCAGGCUACUAACAGGCUCCAUCCUCGCCCAUGAGCUGAUGCACGGGUGGUUGCGCCUCAAAGGUUACCGAAACCUAAACGCGAAGGUUGAAGAAGGUAUAUGCCAGGUCAUGUCUUACCUGUGGCUGGAAUCAGAGAUUCUUCCGUCAUCCUCAAGGCACGCGCAGCCUUCAUCAUCUUAUGCCUCGUCCUCCUCUUCGUCUUAUCCACCAACAUCGUCCAAGAAAGGGGGAAUAUCUCAUACUGAGAAGAAGCUGGGCGAGUUCUUCAUGCACCAGAUUGCCAAUGACACAUCAACGGCCUAUGGUGACGGUUUCAGAACUGCGUAUGCUGCCGUCAACAAGUAUGGCCUUCGCCAAACACUGAACCAUAUACGCCUAACAGGAGGCUUCCCUGUAUAA